AAGGAAGCGAUAUGAACCACCAUGAUUAAGGAUCCUUUGGACAGCAAUCCUUGUCACUCUAUAACCAGCUGGAAACCACACCCUCUUCAAGCUUUGAACUUUCAACGCCUAAUGAAAAAAUGGAAGAUAGUUGCAGAAACUUUGAAGAGAAACAAUGACAUCCAUCCCUAGAACUGAUGUGAGUAUCUUCCCCUCUAGUCUCUUAUUUGAUCUCGGUUUUGUCAAAUGCUUUUCUUAUUGUCUUGAAUCCAAAUAAGAAUCUUACAUGGAGUGACGGACAAACACGCUUCUUUCUUCAACUAAGACUUGAUGAGAAUCUGAAAGGAAACAUAAGAAAACAUAUGGUUAAUGAGGUUGGGUGACAGGCGAUAAUGGAUAAGUUCUAUGAGGCAUUUGGUAUAAAAAUUCCAUGGAGAAAAUUUGGGAUAAAGUACAAUACUUGCAAGAAGCAGUAUGAGUCUUUUAAGAAGUUGACUCGGAACAGAACGGGGCUUGGUUUUGAUUCAACCGGAUUCAUCAACAUGAGUGAGGACUGGUGGAAUGAGCGAUGUAAGGAGUGGCCAGGUGCUAGAAAAUUUAAAGACAAGCCGAUAGCAAAUAUGGAUUUGAUGGAGAAGGUAUUUGGGACAGUUUAUAUUAGUGGAGGUGAAGGUUGGUCUGCUCAGCAAGGUGAAGAUGUUUUAGACACAGAGCACUCAGAUCAUGAUGAUGAGAUUGAUGGUGAAGAUGAUGCUGAGUCAAGGCGUGAUAUUCCUACUGAAGAAGCUGUUGGAGCUGAAGCAAGGCGUGGUGUCCCUACUCAAGAAACUGAUGUUGCAUCUGAAUCAAGAAAUUUUGGAUCAAAGAAUGUUGGCCCCUCUUCUUCUAGGUCAAAGGUUAAUAGGAAAAAAUCAAGGAUUGUAAAAGCAGGACAAGCUGUGGCUGAUGUGAUUUGGAAGAGUGUUGAGUCUCGAGACAAGAUUCUUUCCCACAAGAAUCAUCUAAUAGAGAAUCAUCCUGAGUUUAGUUGUAGUCAACUUCGAGCCAUUGAGGUUCUUCACUCCUUGUCUGCUGUAAGGAUGUGGUCUCCUCUCUACAAAGCUUCAAUUAACCACCUCAAAGAAGAUGUUGCGAAUCGUCAGACUUUCUUGUUUUAUGGAGAUGAUGAGAACAUGGUUCUUUAUUUGGAUUUUGCAACUGGUGAAAGCAGAGAUCAUUGAAGAGUUUUUUACAUGUCACACUCACAUUCUUUUCACCACAAUUAGUUGGCCCCAAUCAGUUAGAUACUCUUAAUAAAUCAGCAUUGUUAUGACUUAUUAUUGCUAAUAAUUAAUAUUUUGUUUUAAUUUCCUUUUUCAGUUAAUAAAAUUCUUCAAAUUUGUUUUGGGAAAUAAUAAAAAAGGAAAAUAUCUUAAAAUAUCUGUAAUAUUAUUUAAGAUAAUCCUUUUAAUACAUUUUUAUUUUAACUUCUUUUUGGUGUUUUAUGCUUUAUGUAGAUUUGGUGACAUCUUUCAACUAUGUAUGUUUUUUAACGCUGGAUUAUUAUGAUAUUUGAACUAUGAGAAAUACUACUGAAGAUUAUACAAUCGACAAUUAUAUUUGUCUUAUGAGGAUUAACGUCUAACGGCAAUACUCGAGCCGCCUUGUGAAAUCUUCACUUAAUUAACUGUAUUCUUUACACCAUACUGUAGAUUUUUAUAAAUUUUUCCAUUAAUUUACAUAAUGUUUUUUUUUUAUGAAAUCGAAACUCAAAUUUUCUGAUGUAAAAAUAUCAACGUACUUUAAAUCAAACCAAUGGACUGAUGGAGUUUCCAUAGCGAUGUAUGAUUAAGUGACCAACAAUGAGUAGCCGAUCAGUUUAAUUUUCUGAUCCAAGAUUUCAUCAAUAAUUCCAUUUUCUUUUUGCAGGUGUUACUUCAA